AUGGGCAUUCGGAGGAGCAACAAAAAUCACAGCCAUCAUUCUGAUGCUCCCAACCACCAGGGUGAUAGUCGUCAUCACCAGCAUAAUAACGACCAAGGCAAAAACGGUCACACGAAGUGCAAUGCUCGGGAAAAUGCCUGUAGAGACAAAAACUCCAGAAAAAUGGCAAAACCUAGAAGAAAUCAACCAACAACCGAAGACCAUAAUCAAUCUGCAGCUGCCCCACAAAGUGAGGAUGCCCAACUCCAAGGUGAAGAUCUUGCUCGGAUCUUCUUAACCCACUUUUUGGGAUCUAGAGAAAGGAAGAAGCCUUCUGGGUACCUUCUGACGCUUCACCAACAGGAAAGGGAAAGCUUGAAGGAGUUUAUGGUCCAGUUCAAUGCCGUGAAACUAAAGGUAGAGGAUCCUAACGAUUGUGUGAUAUUUUUUGCUAUCUAUAAUGGCAUCUCACCUGAUGAACCAGUGGCAAGAAAAAUUGCAAGGAGACAACCGAGCAACCUCCACAAGCAAUUAGAUAAGGUGGAAGAAUUCAUCAAUGAGAAGGAGACUUUAAAGGCAAUGAAGUCAGCUCGGAAGUUGCCUAAAAAAUUUGAAGAUAAAAAGAAGAAAGACCUUCAGAGGUUAGAUGAUCCGGGACCUUUUAAGAAGAAGUUCAAAGGCUACAACUUCACUCUGCUCAACGCCAUCAUUUUCGAAGUCUUAAUGGAGGUUAAAAGGGACCUAGAAUAUGAGAAACCCCCAAGAAUGCCGAAGGUUCCACAGAGGCAGAACUCAAAUCGCUACUGUGAGUUCCACAAAGCUAAUGGUCACUACACAGAGGGCUACAUAGCUUUGAGGCACCUCAUUGAAAAUUUUAUCAAGAAUGGUGGAUUUGAUGGAGGAGGUGAGUCAGGAAGGGCAAGGAAGGCGUACGCCCAACAGGUGGGGAGCUCCCAUGAAAUCUACACUAUAGGGAGGUCGAUGAAGCAGUCCAGGACAAACGCGAUGCUGAUCGGUUUCUCUGACAACGACUACGCAUGCAUAUCGUUUCUUCACAUGGAUGCCCUGAUUGUCACAUUGACAGUGGUGAACUACAACGUCCAUCGCAUCCUGGUGGAUAAUGGAAGCUCGGCAGACAUCUUGUAUUGGUUUGCGUUUAAGAAGUUGAACUUGGGAUAG